GCAUGCGCAGUGCGUUAGGUGACCUGUGGGGAAUACAGACUUUAGUGAGAAGUAAAAGCAUAUUGUAGUUGGAGCAAAGUAACAAUUUACCAGAGACGAGUUCCUUAUCAAACCCGAGUUUAAAAACCUGUAUGUAGUCACGCAUUUAAUACUCACCAUGUUUCCGACUUCUAACACGGUGAAACUGAAUCGAAUCACCUUAAAAGACGUGGUCGGCCUCAAAAUAGGUCCAAGGAAGCGAAGGACUCCGCACAAAGCCGCGGACGAGUCACCACCAAAAACAUGCAAAAGUGUACUUUCCGAACCUGCGUCGGAGGAGGCCGCUGCUUCCGUCUGCGGUGACAGAGACCGACCGAGCUUCCCAUUAACACCUGCAGCAAGCUCGGAGGAGCGGAAGAAGGACGCGACCCGGGACAACGCCGGCGGCAGACCGCAGGAGAGCCACGCAGCUGCACAGAGAGCCAAGCGGAGAAGUGACCUGCAGUCGUGCAUGGCGCCCCCGGACACAAUAGACUUUAUUCAGAACGCGCAUCUGAACCCACCUGGACCGCCGGGCUCCAAACACUGCAGAAGAAGAUCCGGGGGAGCCUCCCUCUUCGUUGUCUACGGGGAAUGUCAGUGCGUUCCCCCGCAGCCCAAAGCCUCCGGCCCAGCCCCGGCGCCUCCUCCCCCCGCGUUUAAGGGCCGCGGCGGAAAGAGAGCCGAGAGCGCCGCUCCGUGCACAAACAAGCACCCCUGGGUAACGCUGUGUGACGUGGCGGCCAGAUGUGCCGUGUGCCGUCACGGCUGUGGCUACGUUUUACCGGACGAGCUGCGGGCCAAGACGAUGCGUUGCUUCAAGCAGGGCGCGAGAGCCGGGUUUCGGAUCUGGCCCAGCUGUUCGGGGCACGGCGAGCGCGACGGCGAGCGAGGCGCUGAGGUUAAAAGCGGCACAGAGCAGCGCAAACGGCCGGGAGAGGGCGCGCAGUCAGAGGCCUCCACGAGUCCUUCGAAGCAUUUCUGCAACGGCUGGAUGGAAGCGGACCACACGCCUGCCGGCCCUCUCUUAAGCACCAAACGCGAAGGAGGUGCUGGAUCCGCCGGGGUGGACCAAGACCCUGAUGCUGGACUGGGGUCUGACCGGCUGGGUUUGGAGCUUGGCGGAGACAAAAGAACAAGGCAGGAGGAUGGAGUCCAGUGCAGCAGAGCUUCUAGUUUCGUCGACGCGAUCAGCAAAGCCCGCCUGCCAGGAGGCCCCGCAGAAACGAACCCACAGCAGAUGUCGGCAGAUGAGUCCGGCGAGGAGGACACGGCCGAGUCCUUCACUUGCCAGAGAGUGAAGCCUUAUUGUAAGAAGCGGCCCAGCUCGUGCGCCCGGACCUACAUGCCCUGGCCUUUCCCAAACGGUCGGCCGAGGCGCGCCGCCGGGGCUUCCGCCGCAGGCCUUUCAGAGAGAUCCGCGGGUUCGUCAAAAAGGAGCGCCGGCGACUCCCUAACGGACAGUCAAGAUCUGCUGAGCUGGUCGUCAGGAGAAAGCCACAGCUUGCUCUCAGAUGCGUUCGGUGGGAAAAUGUCAGCAUCGGUCCAAGUAAGCCUGAAGCCGGCGGAGCUCUCCGCGCAGUCCGAAGGCCCCGUGGGCCGUCUUCCUUCCCGUCCCGUUUCAUUUCCAGGCCCGGCCCAGCGUGGCGAGGAGCCGGGCGCUGAGGCCGGAACGUUUCCGUUCAGCCGCCCCGACACGGACGGCUCCGCCUCCCCGGCUCCCCGCUCGGCGCCCAGCCCCAGUGACUGGGAGACGUCCUCCGCUUUGUCUCAUCUGUCGGACCUAUCCGCACACGACGCUUCAAGCUGGCCGUCCUCCACGCCGUGCUCCGCCCUGCCUCUGGGGCGCCCAUCCGGGGAGGUCCAAAACGCCGAGGGGAAACCUGUCGGCCUCCAUCAAGACGAGAACAACAACAACAACAAUGGCAGCCCGCCCAGCCUGGAACCAUUUGACACAAGCCCGUUUAAACCCAAACGUUUGUCCCCGGGCAACGUGGACGCUGACUCUGGUGACUUCCUGCUCCCUCCCUUGCUCUCGCCCGUCACCUCGCCCUGCAGGCGCGUUCUAGACAGAACGGCGUUCCCAACUGGUUCUGACGAUACGGAGCAGGUUUUGAACAGAGACCAAACCCCAGCAGGUUCUGAGAGCUCCAGGGAUCUUCCUGAACGCCACGACGUUGUAGCAGCAGCUCUCAGUGCUCCCUCUGACAUCACCGCUUUCAAACCCGCGCCUUCUCCCAGCGACGCCGACGGGGGUGAAGAGGAAAACCCCGGGCGCAGCGAUAGCACUUCAGAAGAAGCCCCCAGAAAGGCAGCCGUCGGCUCCAAAGUUCUGCCAGAAGGCGUUCCCUCUCCCAGCAGCCAGGAUGAAGAGUCCCUUACUGAUGAGGAAGAGCACAGCUCUGCUACGGAGGAGGGAUCAGCCAGCGACGGCGCAGAAGGCGACGAUGGAGAAGCGGGGAAGGCCAAAGAAGAGUCGGCCGUCUUGGACGAGCUCACGGCCUACGAACAGGACAUCCUGCUCGUCGGCGUCGUUCAGGAGGAUCCAGAACUGUUUGAAAACCUGCCGGAGAAGAGCGUGCUGAACCUGGGCCCCGUCAGGGAGCCGCCGCCUCGUAAGAAGAAAGCAAUCCCAAGAAUAACCUUCUCAGCGCAGGCGGAGCGACCGUCUCCAGCGACGGAGCAAAGGUGA